GCGGCCACGUUUUUAAAAUGCAAAAUUCACGGUACAACUUCCGGGACUGAAGACCGGAAGAUGGAACAUCCUACAUAUAUGAUCAGUCUCACUAUCUUGUGGGGACUGUUCGGGAUCCAGGCUCUUGAUAUCCCAGAAUGACUGUUUUUCUAAUUCAAAAAUUUGUUCAUUUUCAGCUUUCCAAUUAGAUGGAAAAAUACCAUGUUGUCAUUUUCAACUUGGUUUAAUAUUCCUCUCCACCCAGAGCCUCCUGCUAUGGAGCUUGCUCUGACUUCAACCUGCCGACCGGAAUAUUCCCAAUUGUACCGGAGAUUCCGAACUCCCAUUACUCUCCGGCCAAGUGUUUCACCCGAACCCAGAACAAGGCGGAGAUUAGCGACGGUCACUAUGGCUUUAAACAAACCAAGAAUUGAAGGUGUGAGUGAGGAACUAAACACUAUUGCUUCCCAGAACUUGGAUUUCGCUCCGGCCCGGAGAAGGGUCAGAUCCGCUUUCCUUAGUGUGCAACAGCAGCUUGAUCAUAUCUUGUUCAAGAUGGCUCCAGCUGGCAUCAGAGCAGAUGAGUGGUAUGAACGUAAUUCAAGCGGACAUGAAAUCUUCUGCAAAAGUUGGUUGCCAAAGCCGGGUGUACGAAUUAAAGGCUCAUUAUGUUUUUGUCAUGGAUAUGGUGACACAUGCACAUUCUUCUUUGAAGGUAUAGCCAAGUAUAUUGCUGCUUCUGGAUAUGGGGUUUAUGCUGUUGAUCAUCCUGGUUUUGGUCUUUCUGAUGGCUUGCAUGGGUAUAUUCGUCGUUUUGAUGAUAUAGUCGACAAUGCCAAUGAGCAGUUUCGAAGAAUGAAAGUCAGGCCAGAAGUAACAGGCCUUCCCCGUUUCAUAUUUGGGCAGUCAAUGGGCGGUGCAAUUGCUUUAAAGGCUAUAUUGAAGGAACCAUAUGAUUGGGAUGGUAUUGUUCUCGUUGCACCAAUGUGUAAAAUUGCAGAGGAAUUAACCCCUCCAGUUCAACUUCAGAAAGUUUUGAUUCUUAUGUCCAAAUUUAUGCCAAAGGCAAAGUUGGUUCCAACUCAAGAUUUGGCUGAACUUUCAUUCCGGGAGCCGAUGAAAAGAAAAUUUGCUCCAUACAAUGUUAUAUGUUACUCGGAUCGAACACGAUUGAAAACCGCUGUAGAACUAUUGAAUGCUACAAAAUUUAUAGAAUCAAAUGUGGAGAAGGUUAAAUCCCCAAUGCUAAUUCUUCAUGGAGCUUCAGACAGAGUGACAGAUCCCCAAGUAAGUCGGUUUCUCUACGAGAAUGCCUCCAGCAAAGACAAAACUCUUAAGCUAUAUGAAGAUGGCUAUCACUGCAUUCUUGAGGGAGAGCCGGAUGACCGUAUUUUAACUGUACUAGACGACAUUAUUGCGUGGCUCGAUUCUCGCUGUCUUGCUGGUGUGGCCUAAAUUUUUAGGCUGCCAUUCUUGUUGCUAUAAGUAAUGUUUGGAAAUGGGUUACUAAAUUCGUUUUGGGUCGUAACUUACGUUCCCUGACAUUCAGCUUGAAAUUUAAAUAAAAUUUUAAUAAAAAGUAUCAUUGCCUUAGUUUGCAUGGCUCUGGACAGAGCAAGGAGGGUGCAUAUAGAUACGUGUG